AUGUUAGCUCAGUUAGCAGGACCCUGAAGUUGCGUUGUGUGUGAAUGGAGCAGAGGAGUGUUGGUUUUAAAAAUAUCAAAUAUGUCGACGUGAUAUUUCAUUAAACCGGUAACAACCAGUCGGUGUUCUUCUUCGUGAGUCGUCGAGGGGACGACGGGACGUUUCAGGGGACGACUUCACACUUUUUGAACCUCAGGGGAGGAAAGAAAACCUCAAACUGAAGCUAACGAUAAGUAGCCACCAUGUCGUGGGAAGAAAUGUCUUGUUGUGUGGCCUCGCCUCUGCGUUCACUCCUUCCCCGUCUCUCUGCUCUCUGAUCCGGACUAAAACAAGCACAGGUGACUGUCAAUGCAGGUAACCGUUAGCCUCAUCGACUAGUCGACGCGGUUCUUGUACUUCGGCUCGUUAGCUCGGGAGCCAUGGCGGACAGCUUCGGUGACCAGAGCAGCGGCGGUGCCCUUGGUUUAGGCGUCACCGGACAGGGCAGCGGGACGUCUCUGCUGCCGACUUUGGUGAACUCUCUGCCGGGGGGACACUCAGCAGCCGGCGGUGCUCACUCCAACUCCAGCCCGGCCUCCCCUCCUCUGGCCGCGGCCGCGCACAGUGGCCUAACCGCCUUGGUGGCCCCCAUGUCCGCUGUCACCGCAGCCGGGUUUGGAAGCACCUUCACCCCCGGCUCUUCUCCACCGGCCACCGUGCCUCUGUCUCCCAACGUGCACUCCUCAUCCCCCAUACCCGGGGUCGGGCUAGGGGUCGCCGGGGUGGCUGGGGUGGCAGGAGCGGGCCUCCUGUCCCAAAUCCACGCCACAUCCUGGGACCCGACCCUCAGCACGGACUGGGACAACGAGAAGGCUUCCCAGCAGUGCAUCCUGAGGAUAAAGAGGGACAUCAUGUCCAUCUACAAGGAGCCUCCACCAGGGAUGUUUGUCGUCCCUGAUCCUCAAGACAUGACCAAGAUCCACGCUCUGAUCACAGGGCCGUUCGACACGCCAUACGAGGGCGGCUUCUUCCUCUUUCUGUUCCGCUGCCCUCCGGACUAUCCCAUCCACCCGCCGCGAGUCAAACUCAUCACCACCGGUCACAACACGGUCCGCUUCAACCCCAACUUUUACCGCAAUGGAAAAGUCUGCCUCAGCAUCCUGGGGACGUGGACAGGUCCAGCAUGGAGUCCAGCUCAGAGUAUUUCCUCUGUCCUCAUCUCCAUCCAGUCUCUGAUGACGGAGAACCCGUACCACAAUGAGCCCGGCUUUGAACAGGAACGUCAUCCAGGUGACAGUAAGAACUACAACGAGUGUAUCCGUCAUGAGACCAUGAGAGUGGCAGUGUGUGACAUGUUGGAGGGAAAAGUCCCCUGUCCAGAGGCUCUGUGGAGCGUGAUGGAAAAGUCCUUCCUGGAAUAUUAUGAUUUCUACGAGGGAGUGUGCAAAGAGAGACUUCAUCUGCAGGGACAGAACAUGCAGGACCCGUUCGGUGAGAAGCGCGGCCGUUUCGACUACCAGGGCCUGCUGACUCGCCUCGGCGCCACCCACAGGCGCAUCAGAGAGAAGAGCCUGGCAGAGGACAACCACAAGAACGACGACUCAGACUCAGACACCAGCUCCUCAGGGACUGACCCCGACAGCCAGGGCAGCUCCCAGCCCUGACUCCCCUCCCCCGCCCCCCACACACACGGUCCCUGCACGGUGCUCGACUCAACGCCAAGGACUACAAAGACAAAGGCACCUCUUUUUUGUUUUGUUUACAGUGGAGGAAGAAAAUCACUGCAGAGAUUUAUGCGCCUGUGUUUCAGGCUUUAUUGAGUCCGGGGGAUUUUAGAGGAAUCAGGCUUCUGUUGCUCAGAUGUUUCCAGAAAGAGAAGAGUUGGCCUCUUCACAAUGAGAAGUGAGCUUCAUCCACUUGUCGUAUGCUGGAAUAUUAAUCCUGGAGCGGUGUGUUUGUGCUACUUAUGUAGCUAACCAGCUGUCACUUUGAAGCUGCACAAACGCCGGGAAGAUUUUGCGACCAAUCGACCGUUGUUGCUCCUCCUGGAUACAGAGAGUUUGUUUCAUGGCUCAAACAUUUGAAAGCACUGCAGAGACAGAUUAAAGAGGUAUCAGAUUUUGAAGCUCAAGCAGAAAAAAAGGAGCCUAAAUGGAGAAAGUCGAGGUGAUUGGGAGUCGAAAACAUCGGAGCAGACUCGUCUUUCAGAGUAGCCGUGUUCACUUUGAUUCAAGAGGAGAGGAAUAAAGGUCGGGAGGACGUUUGAGAGAGUGACACUUUGGCUUUUUUUCGAGUCCUGUGCCUUGUGUGUCCUCCGGGGCCCGGUUUGAAUCCGCUCUUUUCAACCGGACCUGAAACAACCAGACCACGUACGUCAUCAGCAGCUCUGAAAAACAGUGAUUCCUGUGUGUGAUUCAAAAAGUUCUGCUUUUCUUUUCCCCCCUCGUGCUGUUGAAAUCUGUUCACCAGAGAAGAAGCCGUCAGUUUCGUCGUCAUCCACCUGUAUUCCCUUUUUGUUGUUCUGCUGUUUCUCUCAUUGUUGUGCUGGAACCGAUGCUGAUUUGCGGUGUUGACGGUGCAUUUAUUUUACGUGUUAAACCUCUGCUGUUCUUUAGGUUAAAGGCACUCGUGAUCAUCCCGUUUAUGAGUUAAUCAAAGUAGGUUAUUGGGAACAAACAGAGGCAAGAAAAAGCAACUUCCCACAUGUUCACUCUCCUCGCUCUUAAUGAGGAUUUAGUUUCAUGACAACAGAUGUCAAAUGAAGGGUUUGCACUGCUCUGGAAAUGGUUUCUUCUCGAUCUGAUUUAAUACUUAAAGAUGGCGUUUGCUGAAUAAACAGAUAAUUACUGUACUCCAACCAAUUUGUCAAUUUAGACCCAUGCUUUCCUCCACUAGAUGUCAGCAUCUGCAACUGUUCCUCAUGCAAAGAAUGUGUGUCUGUGUUUUUGAUGCAUAACAGGAAACAAAAAAAAUCAACUUAAAACAAACUUCUUAACUAGAACAACUUACACAUUAUAAAUAUAAUUUAAAAAAAGAUAUACAAUAUUGUAUGAUAUUUACAUUAGGUUGUCCAGAAAGCUGUACAGACUCCCAGCAAUGUAUAAGAUGUUGCUAAAAAAAAAAGACAAAAUCACAUCAAAGGAGUGAAAUAAGAUGAGAAAUCAAUCAGAAACCAGGAAGUCACCGGUGAGAUCUUUGACAGGCAACAGGUUGAGAUUUUUCCAGUCCGGGUUUGACUACAAAUGAAACAAAUAUAACAUCAUUUUUAAAAACUUCUGCAGCUGUAGGGCUUAAAAAAAUGUGGUUUUAAAAGUGAAAAGUAUGAAUAAUCGUAAAUAUUAAAAAAACCUGGGAGGGAGCAGAGGUCUUGUGAUCAUCCAAUAAGGAGCUGAUUUCCAGAAAGGUGACCAGGAGAGCUGUUAGGAACAUAGAAAAAAAAUAAAAAAGUCCUGAUCGUCACUAAAUAUGAUGAACAUCCUGAACUUGUACAGAACUAAAGCUUGAGCUCAUCCAGAGAUGAUCAUUUAAACAUGCUGAUUGGUUCAUGUCUUCAGACGAGCUCCCAUAACGCUUCAACAAGUCACGAUGGAAUCAUUAAGGUUCAUUAAGCAUGAUAGAAAAAAGAAAAAAACACCCGGACAUGCAGACACUCAACGUUUUAAUAAUAAGCUAUGCACCUGUACGGAAGCCCUGAGCGGACAUGUUCUCGUGCAUCUGAUUUAUUUAUCUAAUGAUGUGUACGGUCCAGUUUGCUCCUCUCCAGGUCUCAAAGCUGGUUUCUCCGAAAUAAUGAGUUCAGUUCAGUUAUCUCGACUUUAAUAUCUUCACCUCCUGAUACUGAUGAUGCUUUCCCUGAGAACUCGGAUUAAGCUUCUCGUUAUCUCGGGCUAACGGCGCUCUUGAUCCUGUGAUAAUGGAUUCAUUCAUCUCAUCAUCUCGAGGUAACAAACCCUUUAGUUUUCUGGAGACCAAAACUCUUAAUUUCCCUGUGAUAAGAUAAUUGAAGCUCUCUGAUUAUCACAGCUGGUUUCCUUGUUAAAACGGAUUAGUGUAUCUCGUCAUCGCGAGGUAACAAAGCCUGUUUUCUAGUGAUAAUGGGAUGAUUUCUGGCGAUCUAGAAAACAAAACAAUAGGUCGGUCUACUACAUGACAUGCCCUGCACACACCAAUGAGGUGAGACGAGUCUUUUUGUGUGGUUUGGUUUCGUGCUUUGAAACUCUGAAGGUGCAAAAUAAAUAUCGAGAUCUGGAGAAAACGAUCAGAAAGUAUCUGUUAUCGAGGGAAAAUGUAAUAAAUGUGCUGAUGCAUGUCCUCUCAGGACUUCUGUAAGAAUAAACAAAAUGUGUGAGUGCUCCUUUUAUUCCAAAUACAGACUGGGCAUAACAGACUUCUUAUGCUGUUUUCUAAAGCUUCCCAUCAUAAUUAGACACUGUUUGAGUGUUUUUCAUGUUGUGUAAUUCCUUUCUUCCUGCUGUUGUCCUCCAGUGUCCGCCUCUCGCUCCUCUCGCUCUCCAUGUCAGUUUGCUUGACUCGUAUAGGGUCACUAACAGUCGGCAUUCCUUUUGAUUUGUUUUAUAAUUUUAUCAUAGGGUGAGAUGAGAAGCGAACUAUAGCGGACUUGAUGUGAUUGCCAAAUUAUUGAUUGCAGCUCUUCUUUAGCAUGGAGGUGAAGAGGUCAUGUUCCCCCCCUCCCUGUUUGGUUGUUGUUGUGUUGUGCUUCAUUAAAGCCUUGAAAACUGACAGGCGUGGUCAUGUUCAGGUCUUGGAAAUGUUGCUGUUGUACAAAAGUUCUGGAGGUAUAAAAAACAAACAAAAUAAAAAAUGUUGUUCAGUCCUGA